ACUGACAGGAAGUAAACAAACCACAGGUUAGGUUAGGUUGAAAGUGUUGAAAAUGUAAUUUAUCUGUUGGCUUUCAGAAAAAAAGGAAAAUUAAUAAUGUGAAUAUCAAUAACUGAACAAGUUUCCGGUAAAUCAGUGCCAUGGACGUUGUGUGGGGCUUUGAAUAACAGCCAGCAAUGAAGCUUUCUUUCUUAUUAUUUAGAGCCUCCUAUAAUAUAAAUCUUGCUGUAUAUAAGACUUUUUUCAUUACAUUGUUUAUAAUUCUUGUCAUAUCAACAUUUUCUGCAUUCUCAAUUUAUUAUACUGGACUGUCAAAAGAUGAGAAAACUCAUUUUACCAAAAUAGAUUUAAAUUUCCGUAAUGCACCGAGGGUUGAAUUACCUUCGACAAUUAAUACAAAGAAAAGGAAUACGAACUGUACUCAUUGGGAUUGUUUCAAUAUAUAUAAAUGUGGCCAUACAGGUCAUGAUAGAAUCACUGUCUAUGUGUAUCCAUUUAAAAAGUAUUUUAGUCAAGAUGGAGUGCCCGCGGUUUCCUCCAUUUCGAAAGAAUAUUUCGAGUUGAUUAAAACAGUUGUGGAUUCCAAUUAUUAUACAGUAAAUCCACAUGAAGCCUGUAUUUUUUUAACUACAAUAGAUACUCUCAAUCAGGAGAGAAUAAAUAUUAAUGUCACCUCUACUGCACUUCAUACAUUACCAUAUUGGAAUAAUGGGGAGAAUCACAUAAUCUUUAAUAUGUUACCUGGUAGUCCACCUGAUAUGUCUACUGUGAUUGAUUUAGAUAUAGGAAAUGCCAUAGUAGCAGGAGCAGGUUUUGAUACAUAUUCAUUCCGUACAAAUUUUGAUAUUUCUCUGCCCCUUUACAGUCCUCUGGCAAAACUGGCAGAAAUAAAUAAUAUUUCAAGGAAAAGGAAUUGGUACAUCACUUCUUCCCAGCUGGGUAUUGAUCCAUAUUAUUUAGAUGAACUUCAGAAGCUGGCAUAUCAGCAGGAAACUUUAUUUUUAAUGUUAGACGCCUGCCAUAAUCACAAUUAUACUAGUCGAUGUGAGAUUAACUCUGGAAAACUAUAUUCAUAUCCAGAAAUUUUAAAGCAUAGUACCUUCUGCCUUGUAUUUCGAGGAGAAAGAAUGGCCCAAUUCACGCUGUUAGAAGCUAUGGCUGCUAAUUGUAUACCCGUUGUUGUAAUGAAUAGUGUUGUCAUGCCAUUUAAUUCUGUGAUAGAUUGGAAACGCGCUGCUGUUUUCAUUAUGGAAGAUUACUUAAAUACUCUUGUUAAGGUUUUAAAUAAGAUAUCAGAAAAACGCAUCAUUGAAAUGCGUCAAAAUAUAAAAUUUUUGUAUAAAGCAUAUUUUUCAAGUAUGGAGAAAAUUACACUCACAACUCUUGAUAUCCUUCAGGAUAGAGUAUAUCCCCACUGGUGCAAGAUGUAUGAUGACUGGAAUAUCCCUCACUCUAAGAGGAACAAGAACCCUCUUUUCAUGCCUCAUACUGCUCCCAAGUCACACGGUUUUACUGCUGUUAUUUUAACGUAUGAUAGGGUAGAGAGCUUAUUCACUCUCAUCAGAAGAUUAUCAAAAGUUCCUAGUCUCAUGAAAAUACUUGUAGUGUGGAAUAAUCAGAAAAAAUAUCCACCACCUUUUUCAGAGUUUCCCAAGGUACAGAAACCAGUCAAAGUCAUAAGAACACGUGCCAAUAAAUUAUCAAAUAGGUUUAUACCUUAUAGAGAAAUAGAAACAGAAGCAAUUUUACAUAUUGAUGAUGAUAUUGUCAUGUUGACAGCAGAUGAGUUGGAAUUUGGAUAUGAGGUUUGGAGGGAGUUCCCCGAUAGAAUUGUCGGUUUUCCUUCACGCACACAUAUUUGGAAUAAUGUAACUGGAACCUGGAAAUAUGAAUCUGAAUGGACAAAUGAAAUAUCAAUGGUUCUAACUGGGGCAGCUUUUCUACAUAAGUACUGGAGCUACAUGUAUACAAAAAAACUUACAUCUGAAAUAAGAGAUUGGGUAGAUGAAAAUAUGAAUUGCGAGGAUAUUGCAAUGAAUUUCUUGGUAGCUAAUGUCACUAACCAACCUCCAAUUAAGGUUACACCUAGGAAAAAAUUCAAAUGUCCAGAAUGUACCAAUAAUGAGAUGCUGUCCGCUGACAUUGGACAUAUGGUUGAGAGGUCUCAAUGUGUUGACAGAUUUGCCAAAAUAUUUGGCAGAAUGCCUUUACAAUCAGUUGAAUUUCGAGCAGAUCCAGUACUUUUCAAAGAUCCAUUCCCAGAGAAACUCAAAAGAUUUAAUGAUAUUGGUAGUUUAUAAAUAUAAAUCGUUAAACCCAUUCCUGUAAAUAUAACAUUAAAUAUAUUCCAUAAU